AUGUCGCAAGCCUCGCGGGAGUCCUCGAUCGAAAUCCCAGGAGCCCAAAAAUCUCCCACAGAUGCCGUGGCAGCUCUGAAAGCCGAAUUCGAAGGGUUUGUGGAUAAGCUACGAGAGAAGUUGGAUGACUUGGAGAUCACCAUGCAAACGCAGCAGCAGACCCAGCAGGCGGCAGAUGACUACACCAGCUCGAGAAACACGUUCGGAGAGGCAGACACCAUCUCCGGAUCCCGCAGCAUCUCCCGGCUGUUCCCCAUCUAUGACGAUCCCAUCAUGUCGAAAGAGGUCGCCAAAGCUCAGGAGCCCUCGGCACUUCAGGAACACCGUCAAAAUCGCCAGGUGAGAAAAGACAACACGAAGUACCUCCCUCUGGGUCCGAUGUCUUCGGUUCAGCGUCAGAAUGAGCUGCGGCUGCACAACCGUUGGCUUCAGUUGUCCAUGCAGUACGACCCCUAUGCCGCCAUAAGCGAGCUCAGGACCAACAUUCGGUCAGCUAGCCCAACACAGUACGUGAAGGCACGGGUCUCUGUCGGCUCUCUCGGACCAGAGCGUGAACCGGCGGAGACGAAGACCCGCCUCCAUCCGAACGGGGCAAGGCGAAUUGCCUGGGACCUGUUGAGCUCCUUCGUCCUUGUGAUGGACACUGUCCUGCUUCCCAUCUCCUUGGCUUGGGACCUGCAGAAGGACACGACAGACAUGCCCAGCUGGGUGAAUUUGGGCUUCUUCACCUUUAGCCUGCUCUUUUGGACGGUGGACAUCUUCAUCAAUCUCAAUACCGGGGUGUUUCACAAAGGGCAGCUUGUCUUCUCGAAGCAGCUGAUUUUCAUGCAGUAUAUGCGAACCGGCCUCUUCCUGGACGUGGCCCUCGUGGGACUGGACUGCGUGACGAUCGCCAACGUGCUUCUGGACAGUGCCAUUGUUGACCUCAGCUUCUCCCGAUUUGCACGGAUCGUCCGCAUCUUUCGCUUCAUUCGGUUGAUCAAGCUCGCCAAAGUGGAAGGUUUCAUCCAAGAGUAUGCAGCUUCCACUGGCCGGCAGUGGAUCAUCAUUUGCGCGGCGAUUGCCAACUCGAUGAUUGCCAUUGGGCUGCUGAAUCACGUGCUUGCGUGCCUGUGGUUCUGGCUCGGCCGCACUCUUGCCAGUGAGGGCCAAAGCAACUGGAUCGCCAUCGCAGGGGCAGAGCAGCUCACCGGCUUCCAGCAAUACUUGAUCUGCUUUCGCCGCGUAAUGUGGCCGGUGGUGCCUGCACCUAUCUCACCGGAAAGUCACUUCGAGAGACUCUUUGACAUUGGCAACAACGUCUUGUGCAUCUUGGUCCUGGGCAUCGCGAUAUUCAAAAUCUCUGCCACGGUGUUAGAGCUGCUGGCGAUGAACGAGGGCCGGCUGAAACAGCGACGAGAGAUCCGGCGCUACUUGCGUUCUCAGAAAGCUCCAUUCGAGCUUGUCUCACGGGUGAUGAAGUUCGUGGAGUACAAGCUAGAGAAGCUCCAGCCGAACAACUACAAUACGUCUCUCAUCUCCCUGACCUUGCAGACAGAGCUGUACGUCAACCAGCGUUCCUCAUUUUUGCAGGCCCUGCCGAUUUGCCGGCUGGCCAAAGAAGUCUUCCCAGAGGCGUUCGCAAGCCUAUGUGUGGCUUUGAAGCGCAUGGUGUGCGAGAACCGGGAGGAGAUAUUCAUUGCCGGGACGAUUACCCACAGAAUGUAUGUAACGGUGGCCGGCACCUACCUGCUUCAGGGGAUAGAAGGAGAUUGCGAAGAGUCGCAGCUCACAGGUGUCAAUAUCCUGGAGGAGUUCUCUCUCUACAUGGAAGCAGUACCCCACAAUCACACUCUUGCCGCCCGAACCUUCGGCGAGCUUUUCACCUUGGAGGGCGACGAUUUGGUGCGCAGUCUUCACACAUCGCCUGGUUGCGCCGCAAUGUUCUUCGAGUAUGCUAAAGAGUAUGCAUCGAUGAUGCCCAAGGAGCCCGGCUACUUGGACCGUGCUACACAGGCUUCCCUGGCAGAGCGGUGCUGCAAAAUGACGCGAGUUUACCAGGAGAUGUUCCCAGAUGAGAAGUUCAGGCUGGACCUUCUGGAGACCGAAGAUCCGUCGGGCGAGCCUACAGAGCCUACGCAGCCUAUGGGGCUGGCCAGGCUGAUUCGAAGUGGUUGGCUGGAAGACUUGGAGGAGUCUACCCUGCCUCACCAGCUUCGCUCUUGUCUCCCGGAACUGCAUCCGGUCCACGGUUCCCACAUUAUCUUCGAGCAGCCUCAGGAAAGGGAUCGCUCCGAAUCCUCCUGCAUCAGCAUCUUGGCGUUACUUGCCGACCGCUACGAGAUCUUCACUCGUCCUCAGGAUGCGAACUACCGUCUUCGGCGGCAGCAGUGGGAGGAGCUUCAAGACAUCGUCAGCUGGGCUCGUCCGAGUUCAGACGACAUUCAUGCAGUCCUGGUCUUGAUGGCCAUUCGGCCUUUGGGCAAGAGCAAGUUUGUUGCCAGCCAAGUGCCGAAUCAUGAGCGCCGGCCCGAGAGUGCAGUUCUCUACCUGGUGGAGAACUGCCAAAAUGUCGUACCCAGCGUCAAGGACUUGCCACAGCAAGGGCUCGAGUCGCUGCGGGCGACGUUGCGGCUUCAUGCGGUCUUCAACUUCGCGCAAAUGCUCCAGGGUGAGAAUGUCCCGGCCAACGUUGCGCAACUUCAGGAACAGGUGCGAAGAGAGGGUGAGCAAGCCCUGCGCUUCUACAUUAUUUUCCUUCUUGGCUUUAUGAGUGGCUUAGGGGCGGGGCACGGCUCGCGCUUCCUCAAUGCCAAACGAGCCGAGAAUGUCAUCGCAGCAGUUCGCAUGCUGCAGCACCUACUGAAAGCUACCCCGCGGGGCAUCUACUGGGGCUAUUUGAUUGCCAGGGCCCAAGCCCUGCAAGCCCCCUUUUCAACGCCCGAGGACCUGGUGCUCAUUCGGCUGGCCUGUCUUAUGCGUAUCGAGGACGUGUCCGCCUAUGAGCAGUUGAAAACUAGCUGGAGCUAUCUGGGCCCGGAUGAGCAGCUCACGCUCACGAAUCACUUCCUGGCAGACGGGAUUGAGGACCUGGUCUGCGUCUUUGAGUUCCUUCCCGACUGCGUGGCGAAUGCAGUUGCCAAUCCUGCAGUCACAUUGUCGUGCUUGCUCGAAUGCCUGGUGGAUUUGCUUCAUGUGCUUCAACCCAACAUCGACAUGAUGCCGGAUCUCAAGGAUGCGAAAGUCGUGCUGGUGGACUUAUCAGACAUGAGUGAGUUCAUCGCUUGCGUCCAGAACCGCUUUGUCUUCGAGACCUGUGUUUCCAGGUGCAAGAUUCGCUUCGCUGGACGACGGGCGCAGCUGGAAAUGACGGGCGGCAACUGGGGUCGUGUAAAUGACACAGAGUCAGAUAUCACAACUAUCGCCUACUCAAUCACAGAUCUGCGGAAGAGGCAGCAGGCCCUGGCAAACCAGGUCAGCCGAAGCAUGCAGAAGAAGGAGCCACGACGCCGUUCUUUGACCUUCGCCAUCUGA